AUGUCAUCACCUUCAUUACAAGGCUCUGCAUCACUUAGAGAAAUGGAAGAAAUUUUAAAAAGACGCAAACAAAACGAUGAUCAAACAUUAGUCAGCACAAACAUGAGUGCAAACAACUCGGAUUUGUUAAAUUGUUUCAUGCCGGGAGCGAAUGUGUUUUCACCACAAUUUCUAGCAAAUCAAACAGCAGCUGCUGUUGCAUUGAUGACAUGGCCAAUUCAACUUCGUGCGCAACUUGCAUCAGCGAUUCGCCUUCCGAAUCAUUCAAAUCUCUUUGGAUCUUGGCCACCAUUACCAACAUCACUUGGAUCUCAUGAAAUGACCAACAAAGUGAACAAAACAGCGAAACAAAAUAAAGUACAAUGCGUAAAUGAUUCCCAAAUUGUUUCUACGACAUCCGAUUUACUUCCUCAAAGGAAAACAGCGAAGAGAAAACAACAACCGGAAACUAUUAAGCGUUUGAAUCCAUUGAAAGUUCAUACAGAACAACUUUCGCCAGUUCCAAAAAAUUUGCUUUCGCCAUCAGAUACAGCAACAGAGAUCACAACUGCUUUUUCGAAUACUGCAAAAGAUCCUACGAAAGACAAAUUGAAAGCUCACAUGUUAAUUCAUAAUGGUGAGAAACCUUUUGGUUGUGGACAUUGUCAGUCGAAAUUCCGACGACGACAUCAUUUGAUGAGUCACAAAUGUGGAACUCCAAAUGCAUUAUCACCCGCUGAAAGUCCUUUAACAUUCGAUCAUAAGAGUAAUUGCUCAGAAAUGAGUGACGAAUCUUUAGAUUUAAAUAAAGCUCGUGAAGGAUUUGAAAAGUGUCAACAAUUGCUUGGCAACAUGCAAAGUCUUUCAAAAAGCCGCUUACCUGUGAAUUCAAACAACAAUUCUGCCAAAAUUAAUCUUCUUGACGUUCUCAAACAAAAUCAAAGUCAAAAACUUAGAAACUUUUCACACUUCUUUGGUCUACCCGUGGUUGUUCCCGAACAAACUGAGCCUGAAGAUUUGUCCCUUCAUUCGCCACGAUCUCGUGUAUCGACUGAUGAUUUGGAUGACAUCGACGACGCUUCUGUUAUGUAUUUGAAGUCACAUCAGUUGAAUGAUUACAAUGAUAAUGAGAGAAGUAAAACCGUUCAAUAG